CCAAAUGUUUUACAUUUUGGUAUCAUAUGUAUGGAUCAACAAUUGGUUCUCUUAAUAUAUACCAACAAUACAUGGGAGAUCAUCGUCGAAGGUGUUCGUGGCUCAAGCUUUACGGGUGAUAUUGCUCUAGAUGAUUUUGUUUUUCUUAAUGGUUCAUGUGAUAUCCAUCCCACCUAUGCUGAACCACGUUUUAUCAAUACUACAUCAACCAUUUCCCCAACUCCGACAAUCUCCUACGCCACACCUACCUCAACAACCACGAUUGGUGCAAAUGUGCCGGGAAUCAACAUCUGUUCUGCUUCAUCAAUCAGUUCAACCUCUGCGACUAUUGUGUCUCCAAACUAUCCCAAUGGCUCUGGAAGUAGGACCUGUACUUUGACAAUAAGGCAGCCCCUUAACAUUGCAGUGAGGUUCAAUAUCUCAAUUAUUAACUUGGAACGUAUACAAAAUGGCAGAAGAGUUAUAUGUUUGGAUUCCCUUACAAUAUCUGGUGGAACAUCUAAACAAUUCUGUGGCAACGAAACCUCUUUAACAUUUACACCAUAUACCAAUGUUGUAUUAUUGACAUUCAGAUCAAAUGGAACGGCACCUAUGGAAGGAUUUAAUCUUACAUUUACAACUUUCUAUCGAAUGGAUUUACCUUCUGCAACAAAUGUUUGCUCGAAUAAAAUGAUAUACACUUCAGCUGGUCGAAUUUACUCACCUGGAUUUCCUAAUGCCUACAGUAACAAUCUAAGAUGUAGUGUCACAAUUGUUGUUCCUUUUGAAAAAGCACUGGAAAUCGUCAUCAAUUAUUAUGAUAUUGAAUUACAUUCCACAUGUGUAUGGGAUAAAUUGUCAUUGUCAAAUGGUGCCACAUCAAACGACAUUUGCGGUCUCUCAUGA